GAGAGGGGGAUUAAUCCUGUCAGCAGUAGUAACUAUUAAUGAUGUUCUGGAACCACAAUCAAUUGAUGCCAUCUGCACGCAAACCGCAGAGGUGUUUAAAUGUGCACAGCGCAGGGCUCCCUAGGGUGGGGGUUGUUCUUGGCACAGGAGAACCACUCAUCCUAUUGAGAUGAGCACGGGGCAGCAAAAGCAGCAGGCAUGACGUGCUGCUUUCUAAGGGGAAACAGAGGGGAUGCACCAAGAACCCCCGGCACCAAGUCUGUACCGCUGUCCCUGCUCCACCCCUGCCCAUGGCAUCCCCCUCUCCUCCUCUGACUCACUGCUGGUAUCAAAGCCCCCACGGCCCCUUGGCCCCUCCUCAAGCACUCUGCUCAGUGGAAGGAGGGUGUCCUUGCUGUCACAAGGACAGAAGACACUUUGUGUUGAGACAGAAAGCGCUGUCUUCCUUGCAGGUGUCUGGGCACAGUGAGAGUCGUGCUCAGGUAUCACCAGCCCAAGGCAGAUGCAGGCAACUCUAAUCCACGAUUCAGAUCUACUCCAUGGUGUAAUAUAAUGCAUACAACUAGAAGGGAAAAGGGUAUUAAAAGGCUGAAGGUCUCCCUCAGCAUUUUCUUUCUUUUGAUUGAUUUUCCUCCCAUUCCUUUAUUUUUGGUACAAGGCCAGGAGGACACUGAAUAAGUGGUGCUCAGCGGAGCUGGAUUUUAUCUUAGUGAUCUUUCCCAACCUUCAAUGAUUCGGUGAUUCUACGGAGGAAGGCAAGCCCAGGACUCUGAGGAGGAUCUCAGCCCCUUUCCAGCUCUGCUGCCAUACAAGCACUCUCCCCUCCUGCUGCUGCUUCACCAUGCCCCUGUGCCUCUUGGAUGUCACUGGUUACAGAUACCAAUAAUUCAUUCUUCUGAUACUUCAUGCAAUGGUAGCUCCACUUGUUUAGAAUGAGCCUUCAGCACUCUCAUGCAGGGACACUGCUCCUGGGAAGGCACCCCGCGCUGUGUUCUCAGGGGCGGCACAGGAGAGCACUUUGCGAGGUGUCUGAACAGCUCCUCAACCCGGGGAAGAUGUGGUUCGUGCCAGCUUUGUCAUAGAAUCAUACAAUCAUUCAGGCUGGAAAAGCCCUCCAAGAUCUCUGAGCCCAACCCCAACCCACCCCAGCAUGCCCACUGGUCACAUCCCUCUGUGGCUCUGGAACCCCUCUGGGGAUGGUGACUCCACCACCACCAUGGGCAGCUGUGCCACUGCAUCGUCACGCUCUGGGAGAAGAAAUGUUUUCCAAUAUCCAGCCUCAAUCUCCCCUCGCUGGGGGAGGAUCCAACUGUUGGACACCCCCGAGCUGAGCUUUGGCUGUUUUCUGAGCCCACAUCAGGUGCAGCAGAGACAACUCUGGAGUUCAAAGCAUAUUUCCCCUGUUCUUCACGGAUGUGAACACAAGCAGAACCAGGGUGAAAGCAGCGAUCCUGUUCAGUCCCUGUGCAGCAGCUCGGCAUGUGGCCUUGUCACCUUACAGCUGAUGGGUGAGCUUCCAAAAUGGAAAGAAAACGGCCCAGGUCGUGGUUUGUCAUAGUAAUGGGGUUAAAGUCCAUUUCAGUGUUCGUGGAGCCCGUGGUGCCUCUGCUGCUGAAGCAACCCUGUGCUGCAUGGCCUCGGGCUGCAUGCUGGAAAAUGUCAUGGGGCAGCUCUGGGAGAGCCGCACGCCAACCCCGCCGCCACCAUGGUGCAUUGGUCCGCCGAGGAGAAGCAGCUCAUCACCAGCAUCUGGGGCAAAGUCAACGUGGAGGAAUGCGGUGCCGAAGCCCUGGCCAGGCUGCUGAUCGUCUACCCCUGGACCCAGAGAUUCUUUGCGUCCUUUGGGAACCUCUCCAGCCCCACGGCCAUCAUGGGCAACCCCAGGGUCCGUGCUCACGGUAAGAAAGUGCUGAGCUCCUUUGGGGAAGCCGUGAGGAACCUGGACAACAUCAAGAACACCUACGCCAAGCUGUCGGAGCUGCACUGCGACAAGUUGCACGUGGACCCCGAGAACUUCAGGCUCCUUGGGGACAUCCUGAUCAUCGUUCUGGCUUCCCACUUUGCCAGGGAUUUCACUCCUGCCUGCCAAUUUGCCUGGCAGAAGCUGGUCAACGUUGUGGCUCAUGCUCUGGCCCGCAAGUAUCACUGAGCUGCAUCACAGCAUGGCCAUAGCCCCCAAUAAACACCUGGAAUGCA